AUGCUGGAGUCCAUAUCAGGCCCUUUAAUUGCCAAAGCUGAUCGUAGUGAAAUGGAGAUCUAUUCACCAGAUGAUUCAAGCCUAGAUCCAACGGAGGCAAUUCUUCUUUUGGGCGGAAUUGAUGGCAGCUCUGAAUCAUGUUUGUCAUCAGUGCAAUCAUAUUUUCCAUCCAGGAAUGUUGUCAAGGCUCAUAGUUCCAUGAGCGGUAUCCGUUCAAAUGCUUCAGUGGCAAAAUCGGAUGGGAAAAUUUACAUUUUUGGAGGUGAUGAUGGCCGUGGCUGGUUCGACACAGCUGAAUCAUAUAACGAGAGUGAUGGGCGGUGGAGCGUGUGCCCUCCCUUGACUGAGCGAAAAGUAAGUUUAGGUGGAGCCUCUUUGGAUGGAAAAAUAUUUGCAAUAGGAGGCGGGAAUGGGAUCGUAUCUUUUUCAGACGUUGAGAUGCUUGAUCCAGAUAUCGGGAAAUGGAUCAAAACAAGGUCAAUGGAGCAGAAGAGAUUUGCAGUUGCAGCCUCGGAGCAUAACGGUUCGAUCUAUGCCGUGGGUGGUUUUGAUGAGAAGGAGUACCUCAACACAGCAGAAAGGUUUGAUCCAAGAGAGCACUCGUGGAUGAGAAUUGCAUCGAUGAAGUCGAGAAGAGGCUGCCAUUCUCUUGUUGUUUUGAACGAGAAACUAUAUGCGAUUGGUGGGUAUGAUGGAUCGGCAAUGGUAUCGAGUGUAGAGGUAUAUGAUCCACGGACAGGGACAUGGACAGCUGGAGAAGCAAUGAAGGAACUGAGAGGAUAUUCAGCAGCCGCAGUGGUUAAAGACUCAAUCUAUGUCAUCGGAGGAUACAAAGGGGAAGGAGAAGACAUCUUAGACACCGUUGAGUGUUUCAAGGAAGGUCAAGGGUGGAAAAACGUGGCUGCUUCAUCCAUCGGUAGGCGUUGCUUCCUAUCCGCAGUAGUGCCAGUUUGA